CACGGCAUAAACUGGGAUUUAUUGUGUGUGUAUAAAGUGAGUAGUGAAUGCAGAGCUGUUGCUCCUUCACAGAAUGGGCCAGGCUGCGACCCUGCCUUGUAAGAGAGGCGGGUCUUAUGUGAUGGAGCUGCACGAAUGGUACAGGAAGUUUAUUAUUGAAUGUCCAAGUGGGCUAAUCACUCUUCAUGAGUUUCAAAAGCAUUUCUGCAAUGGAACAGGGGGCAGUGAGUCAGCUGAGUAUGCAGAACAGAUAUUUCGCACAUUGGACUAUAAUGAGGACGGGGUGGUGGAUUUCAGGGAGUACGUCAUGGCCAUCAGCAUGCUGGUUGAAGGCUCUGCUGUGGAAAAGCUGCGGUGGUCGUUUAAGCUCUAUGACAAAGACAGAGAUGGAGCCAUCACUCGGGAGGAGAUGCUGGAGAUUAUGCAGGCUGUGAAUAAGAUGGGGGUAGCAGCUGAUUUAACCAAACCCAACCCACUUACAGCUGAAGAAUGUACCAACAGGAUAUUCCUGCGAUUAGAUAAAGACAAUAAUGCUAUCAUCAGUCUGGAGGAGUUCAUAGAGGGAGCGCUGGAUGAUGAUUGGAUGAGGGAGAUGCUGGAAUGUGACCCCAACACUGUGAGGGUGGAGCGGCCCCCGGGAAAGGACCCUGCUUUGGGGACCCAUGGUUGACCCGUAUGGUUUAAUAUUUACUGGAAGCAAAGAAAUUAACCGAUGUCGAUGUUUGUGCACCCAGCUUCCACUCCCUGUGACACUGUAGAUCUGGAAAAGCACUAAAACAUGUAGCUCUUAACCUUGAGAUAAUAUUAAAAGCAUUCAUAUUUGCCUUGUUUUCUAUCUAUAUUAAAUAGUAUGGCUAUCAUAAAACAAUGACAUUUUAGUCCAACUUCCAUUAUAAACCCUUUAAUCAGUUCCAUGUAAAAAUAUUGUAAUGUCUACAACAGCUCUUGUUUUACCUUGACUGCCUAGCACAAUGUAACACCUGCCCUGCAUACCUUUGCAAUUAUCCAGGAUUUCCAUUUAAUGUAAUUUAAUUAUUUAUUUCCAGUUAAUUUUAGAUGCAGAUAUUGUACUUUUAAUUACUUUGCAGACAAAGAAUUUACUGACAAAACAUAUUAGUGUAUAAAAAAAUGUAUGCAGUGUCUUUAAAAUAAAAAGUUGUUGAAACAUCUUCAUCUUGAUCAGCAACACAACGUGACAAUAAUUUUAUCAAAUGAUAUAAUACGUAACAACAAAGGGUAUUUCUGUAUAUGAGGUAAUAUUACU